UUACUGGGUGCUGGGUCAGAUCCCGAAUCCUAUGAACUUCACCUUUGCGCGAAAGAUUACUGUUUCGGUCGCGCAGAUCGACUGAUCGGGUUGACCGUUUUGCAGCUCCGCGACUUGUCCACACCCACUAGAGGUGGAACUGGUGGUGGGACUCCGGGUAGCGGGGCAUGCGCGUGCAUCUGCCGGUUGGGAAGGCGACUGCAUAUGGACGAUACGGGCUGGACAAUUCUCAGGAUCCUUUCCCAAAGACCUCAGGAUGAGAUUGCUCGGGAAUUUGUUCGACUGAAGUCAGAGGUUCGCAGUCCAAAUGAAGGUCAAACGACCGCCGGGACGACCACACCGUCGGCCCCACGAAGUCGC